CAUGUUUGUCCUCCUGCAAAUUGCUGUUAAUGGAGAGGAUGAAGAUGAGAGAAACUGAAAACCAACUCCAUGCCAUGAAAUUAUGUGGAUUUUUCUCUCAGGUUCUUAGUAAUUCCUCUCACAGCAGCCUCUUGUUGGGUUAUGGUGAGAAACAAACAGUACAGUGAUGGUUAUGGGAAGGUGGAGUUCAGCAACCUUUCAGGGUUCAAGUACUUAGUUUGCAUAAAUGGAAUCUCAGCUGUAUAUGCAUUUGUCUCCUUUGCAUUAUCAUUCUUCAAAUGCUUCACCAGAGACUGGAUUCUUUAUCUCUUUGACCAGGUUGUGGCAUAUCUGAUGGUAACCUCAAUGGCUGCAGUGGUGGAGUUGGUGUACUUAGCUAAUGAAGGUGAUGCCAAAGUUUCAUGGAGUUCAGCUUGUAACUAUUAUGAAAAGUUUUGUAACAGAGCUCAAGUUUCAUUGGCACUUCAUGUGAUGGCAAUGGUGUGCUUCUUGAUUUUGUCUCUGAUUUCAGCUUACAAGACCUUCAGCAAGUUUGAUGCCCCUUCCUAUCCUUCUAAAGAAGUUGGAGAACAAGAAAACUAGAAAGAAGAAGGCUUCUUUGUCAUAGAAUUUCAGUCCUGAAUGUUUUCUAUGUAUAAAGUCAAGAAUGUAUUGAAACAGAGUAGUGAAUUAAAGUAAAAAAACUUUAAACCUUUGAUCACAAAGUGUGAAAAUACUUUCCAGGCAAGCAAGCACUGAAAAGGGACUUUUAACAUUAUUACAGGAGCAGCGCACUGGUAAAAGCUCCUGACAACCAUCACUCUACCCUUGAACGGUUGAACCCCACACUCACUAAAACAAUAGAAAGUAAUAGAGAAACAAUAUUCUUUUUCACCAACUCCUUGGCCUUAUAUAAAGGAGGACCUCAGUCUCAUCUUAUCAAAAACAUUUGUGAUAUUGAACAAGGCAAGACGAGUGUAAGA